GUGAAAUACCAAAAUGUACAUAAAUUAAUCGAAUAUUCCAGUAAAGGUGCUGUUUGGUAGUGAUUCCUGCAAAGGAGUGUUUGCGAAACCAUGUUUUCCAAAGAAGUCCUAAGUCUCAUUGUAAUUUUAGAAGCCUCCUCGUUCGCAACAGCCUUCCAGAAUGACACGAUCUUCCCGCCCAUUAUCCAAGGUGAUUGGUUUAGCUGGGAAGAUGGGCGGGGCAUCGACACCGAAAUCUUCCAGAACGAGAUAAGUGGGCGGGGCAAACCUGUGGAUCGACGUAUGAUUCGUCGAGAUAUCUAUGAAUACGUCUUUGCCCACCAAUCAGGAUGCUACAUCUGUUCCCGGUUCCUCAUCAGGUCUUGGAAUGUUAUGGAGAGAUUAGAUAGUUUCUGCAUCACGCCCGAAUCCCGCAGCAGCGCGCCCACAGCAUCCAGCAUCUGCGGGUGGCUGGACGACCGGACGGAAGGCUACGUGAUGUUCAGACUGGAUCCCUCGCCCAUCAACUGCCGCCCUUCAGUGCAUGGGCUGUUUCACUUCGCUUGGCAGAACCGGUUUAGUUUCACAGGGGAAUGCAACCACCCCGGGGCUCUCCUGCGCUCGUGCCAGGAACCAGGAUCCCAGUUCCUCAUCUCCAACCAGAAGUUCGCCAUCAACUACAAGAAGUGCCCGGGCAUUGGGGAAUCUUUCGAUGGACGAGUCGAAUUCUCCUGCCUCGGAAACUGGUUCGUCGGGAAGAACCACUUCUUCGCCGUCGUCAACACGAAGGAGUCGCGGAAGGAGGAGAAAUACAGGUGCUUCGUCAGGAACCGCGAAGAUGAUCUCUACCUCGGCCAUUCCCUUACGCCGGAGUGCUCUGUGCUGAAGACGCCCGAAAACAGCCCCGUUCGAUUCAGACUUUCCUAUGCCAAGCACGAGGAAGUGAGUCCGGGCUGCCUUCUGCCUCGCAACAUGACCGGGAAAUGGAUCUCAACGGGCUCGGGCGAACCAGAAGUGACCGUCAACUCCACACACAUCUCGGAGUCCACGUGGAGGGGCUAUAGCAUGAAGACAGCUCAUUACGUGUGUUUGCAGCAAAGGGGAAAUCGGUAUCUUACGGCAAAGUUGAGCGUCGAGGGUUGCCAGACGGAAUACGUGUGUUGGGAAUUCGUGCCUCGACACCAUAACAUUAUUCGGUACAGGAGAAGCUGGGCUGUUAUCUAUUCUGAUUUCCAAGUGUGUGAUUAUGCAAAUUUCCGAAGCGGUCGGGAGUGGAAGUAUGAUACGCUGAUUGCGGACGCCCCUGACCCCAUUCCCUGCCCCUUCAGCGGUCGCUUCUCCUUCGGCCAGCGAGGUCCUUCUCCCUUCGAGCCCCGGAUACUUGGCGGGGUCACCUCCUCCCCCCUGGAUACUUACCGAUGCCACAGGAGGAUCACCGAGAUGGCUGUGUGCGACGAGGAGAGGAAGUGGAUCAUGAUCGAUACGGAUCGCUGUGUUACUCUCAAUAAGGAUGGUCACCCAGUUGAUUUUAAUAGUGUUAGUGACUACCGACUCCAAUGUGUAGGUUACUGGAAGGAAAACUUACUGUCUUAUCUGGUGACCUAUGACCCCUCCGACUCCGCUUCGAGGUUCAGGUGCUGGGUCUACCUACGCAUCGGCGAAACGAAACUACGCCUGUCGCAGUCCGUCGGCGCCGCGUGUGGACUCAACCAGACUUUUCUCUCGUCGACUUACGAGGAGAGCGCGGCUGUUGCACUCAACCUCACCUUCGAAGAACGACUGUACGACCAGUGUCCUUUGUAUUACGACGACGGAAGCGACCCAUGGCGACCCACGGACAUCAUAAGAACAGUUUUUCGUUUUUCUAGUCACAACCCAUCCGUCCAUGGCCCUCAAAUCCUUGCCCUUAUCCUCCCUGUGAUGACUCUGCUCAGGUAAAUGACGGGGAAUCUUCGAGAAAUCGCCCGUUAUGGCUGUGACCCUCUAUUUGUGUUUUUUUUUUUUUUUUUUAUGUCUUCGUUUCCACUUGUAGCUGUAUUUGUGUACUGUAUCUGUGUAUAUUGUAUAAGUUAGUGUGGAAUCACCGGGAGUUAUUCCUGUUGUUGGUGAAGAAUUUAGGUGUUGAGAUGAUUUGCAUAUUUGUGAAUGUAUGUAUGUAUGUAUUUACACACAAAUAUACGUGUACUUGUGUGUGUGAUUGCGUGUGUGUGUGUGUGUGUGUGUGUGUGUGUGUGUGUGUGUGUGUGUGUGUGUGAUUGCGUGUGUGUGUGUGUGUGUGUGUGUGUGUGUAAGUAUUCAAGAAGCCAUUUGUCUGGCCAAAGAAGUCUGUUUCAUUUGCUAUGUUCAAAAUUCCACUGUUAUGAGAUCCAUAGUUAUAACUAGAUAUAUAAGUAUCUUUCUUAAAGGUCGAUGAUAUGCAUUGCUAUGACUAGAUGUAUAAUUUCUUUUCUUCCAUUUUCUCACAUAAUUCUCAUAGUCUGUUAGGUAUUUCUCAUCAGAAAUGGUUUUUGAUAUAUAAUAAUACUUUCUUAGGGCAUUCUGUACAUUACAUUUUAUGAAAUUAAGUUCUCUGAUAGAUAUCUUCCUUACGUGAUGCAAAACGUACUUUUAUUCACUGUGAGAUAUCUAUAUAUGUUGUAGUGAGUAAUCUUUACUGUCGCAUUCUUGUUUCAAAGAAUUAGAAUGCACACCUAUAAUUAUUCAUUUUGUAUUACCUAUAUUAUUAGGUAGAUAUUAUCAGUUCACAGUCACGUUUAUUGUGAUGUUUCGCUUGAUACUGAGCGUGUUGCACAAAAUACUCAGACAAAAAAAAAAACAGUAUAUCAUCGGAAACACGUGUAAUUAGUGGUGUUUCAUGUUUAAGGAGAGUACAGUCAUCAUUACAGAACACUAAAAUGAGUAAGGUAUUUACAAAAUCCUUAGAAAAAAAAACAGUAUUCACAAAUAUACAAAAUCGUAGGGGAAAAAAGUAUUCACAAAUGGUCCAUGUCUACAAUAUCGUUAAAAAAAAAACAGUUUUCAUAAUUGGUUUAUAUCUACUCAAGGUGACACAAGAGUUGCGAAUUUCGAUAAAUACAUUUUUGUGUAUUAUGUAUCCUUCUGAUGUUGUCUUCGUUAUUAGAGUGAAUAACUAGAGGCCUUUUUUCUGUUCUCCCUCAUUCGUCACUUUCGAAGUCAUGUGGCAGACGUCGUGUGUCAUGAGUCAGAGAAAAAAAAUGAAAAAGAUAAACACAGGGUUAUUGGUUAAAAGAUAUAUGCAUAAAUUAAUGAGACCGGAAUAUAGCCUAUUUAUGCAAGGAGAUAGAACAUGAAGACGCAUGGCAUAUAUGUAUUCAAAUUUUGUUCUGUUUUAAUAAUGAAUUUGAUAUCGUAUUUGAUGACUGCAUUACAAGGAAGAUGAAAAACAAAAAUGCAACUGAUCGUUAAGUACUUUCUGAACAUAGUGUAUAUCAUACAUGGGGACACAUACCAAAUAUCGCUUGAGUUUAAGUGAGUGUUUUAAUUGUUUUUUACGCUUCUAAAACACACAUGAUGACUUUGUAUAUUAUAGAUUCUCCUAAGAUGAUGACCGUACAUUUCUAGUAUUCAUGAUACUGUUGAAAAGGUCUCAAAAGAUGAUUUUGAUGGUUAUUAUAACACAUUCUGUACAGUGUAUGAUGUGCAGUACAGGGAUGUGGAUACGAGUUGUAUAUUUCUAAAUAAACGGUGU